GUCUGCGCAAGUGCUAUAAGCAGCUUCUCGUAUUGCAUGCAACAGUCUUGAAGAAGAGCUGAAGCAAUCGACAUGAGUGAGAUAACUUUGCCUUAUUCAACCCCAAUAUUUACCAAACUUGGUACCACCGUCACAGCAGGGGGACUCCCGUCUUCCGAUCCCGACAGCUUCCAGUUCGAUCUGUUCACAACCCUCGACGACGAAGGAGUUGCCCUCAACAUCACCACACAAUUUACGGACGACGAUGGUUCUGUCGUGAUGAACUCUAGACAAGAUGGCAAAUGGGGUCAGGAAGAGACCGCAAAUAGUUUUCCGUUCAAGAAAGGAAUGAACUUUGUUCUUGCUAUCGUGACGACCGCACAAGAGUAUACAAUCGUCGUGAAUGAUGAAAUUCUGUAUUCCUUUCGUCUGCGGUCUCCUCUUGAGACUGUUAAACGAUACGGAAUCAGUCAGAAAGCCAACAAAGAUGAUGCUUCUCUGAAGAUUUCAAGUGUCGCAACGAACGACCAGCUGAUCAAUGAACAAGUCGUAUACCUUACAAGUAGAGUCACCAAUGACAAUCUGAAACUGACGAAAGAUGGGAAAACUGUGGCUACUGGCGGUGGAACUGGCGACAAAGCCCAAUUUAUGGCACACAGAGAAGAUGACUUCGUGGCCGGAGUGUCUCUGCAAAACAUGAAGUUUCGUGACAAAUACCUGGCAAUAAGAAACGAUCGCCUUCUGGCUGAAAAGAAAAGCCAAUUCAGUUACUUUGAAACUUCCGAAACAGAUGAUUCCCACUUCAUCUUAGAGUCGAUUAAGUAUUCCGGUCAUUACAUUGGCGUCAAUCUAGAUGGAACCAUUGCAACACCGAGCACGACGGGCCGAAGCAUCAAAGCCCAAUUCUAUUUCAGCUCCGAACUCAAUCCCAAAAGUUGAAUCUCGAAUCCUGGUCGAAUUCGACAGAGUAAAAGAGGACAUGACCUGUUGGCUUAUGCUUUUGCCUCGCACUCCUCUGACCGUUUAGCUAGUAGCGCGUUAGUGUGUGCGCAUGAAGAUGUGAUUCUAGCUGGAAUUUAUGGUUGUGUUUGUCUUACAUGAACGCUAGAUCUACAGCAUAAACAAAGUUG